AUGUUUGUAACCUCGCUCAUCUCGCCAUGGGCGCUCCUUCUCGUCCCAGUCCUCUACUACCUCCUGCCAUAUCUGCGGAACUGGUCUCUCUUGAAGGUCCCUGGCCCCCUCCCGGCCGCCCUUUCAAAUCUGUGGUUGCUGUAUCAGGCACGGCGGGGACGGAGAUAUAAAGUAGUCGACGACCUGCACAAGAAAUACGGCAAAGUCGUGCGCAUUCAGCCGAACCAUGUCUCAAUCGCCGACGACGCCGCCAUCAACACCAUCUAUGGCCAUGGCAAUGGAUUCCUCAAGAGUGAAUACUAUGACGCCUUCGUCUCCAUCCGCCGCGGCUUGUUCAACACCCGCGACAGAGCAGAACACACCCGCAAGCGCAAAGUUGUCUCUCACACCUUCUCCGCCAAGUCAAUUGGCCAGUUCGAACAGUACAUCCAUGCCAACUUGGAACUGUUUGUGCAAAAGUGGAAAAACCUUUCCAACAACAGGAAGAACCCGCAAACCGGCUAUGCAUCGAUUGAUUCCUUGCACUGGUUCAACUACCUCGCCUUCGAUAUCAUUGGCGACCUUGCAUUUGGACAGCCAUUUGGCAUGCUGGAAAAGGAGAAGGAUAUUGCAGAGAUCCGCAAGUCCCCGGACGCUCCGCCCACCUCUGCACCCGCAAUUGAAGUCUUGAACCGUCGAGGUGAGGUAUCGGGCACAUUGGGCUGUCUGCCACAAUUGAAACCCUACGCCAAAUACCUCCCUGACCCCUUCUUCAGCCAAGGCGUUGAAGCCGUGGAGAACCUCGCAGGCAUCGCCAUCGCUCGCGUCAAGCAACGACUGGAGAAUCCCAACACCGACCGAGUCGACCUCCUCGCCCGUCUGAUGGAAGGCAAAGACGCUAAUGGCGACAAACUCGGCCGCGAAGAACUCACCGCCGAGGCCCUCACGCAACUGAUUGCCGGAUCCGACACCACGUCCAACACCGCUUGCGCAAUCCUGUACUACGUCGUACGCACCCCGGGUGUCCUCGAGAAAUUACAAAAAGAACUUGAUGCAAACAUUGGCCCUGGCGUUCCACAAUACGAACAGGUUAGAGACCUGCAGUAUGUGCAAUGGGUCAUCAGCGAAACCAUGCGCAUCCACUCCACGUCCUCGCUCGGCCUCCCCCGCCUCACCCCCAUGCCAACACCAGACAACCCAAAUCCCAAGCCCGUCGAAAUUCUAGGCUACACUUUCCCGCCCGGCACUGCCCUGUCCGUUCCCUCAUACACAAUCCACCACUCCAAGGAAAUCUGGGGUGCUGAUGCUGAUGAAUUCGUCCCCGAGCGCUGGUCUGACGAACGACUCACGCCGCGACAAAAGGACGCCUUCAUCCCCUUCUCGGUAGGGCCCAGGGCGUGCGUCGGCAGGAAUGUCGCUGAAAUGGAGUUGAAAUGCAUGGUCGCGACGGUGUUCAGGAAUUUUGAGUUCCGAGAUGAGCACCAGGGCCUGUUGCAGACGAGGGAAGGCUUUCUCAGGAAGCCUUUGGGAUUUAACGUUGGAAUUCGAGUGAGAUCCAACGCUUGA